ACGAAAUUCGAGUCGAGGCUUGUUUGAGAAUACGGGGAUCAGUCUCUUUGUGCGAGCGGCGGCCGAAGCAAGUAGCCCCUCACGAAAUCAGCGGACAUCCCGACAUCCUUGAAGAUGGCGCCGGUCAAGCGCAAAGCUGUGUCACUUGACACAAAGUUGCAAAUAUUGCAGGAUUCUCGGCGCGGCUUCAAGGUGAGCGCCCUCGUGAAGAAGUACAAGCUUGCCCAGUCGACAGUAUCCACAAUUUUGAAAACUGGGAGCACAGCGAUUGCCAAGGCCGGAACGAGCGGCCACGCCGACCAGCGGAAAAGGGUUAGGGAGCCUCUGUACGCCGACGUCGAAGAGGCGCUGUACAAUUGGUUUCUGACCACUCGUGCCCGUAACGUGCCCAUCAGUGGGCCAAUACUUGCUGCGAAGGCUAAAAAUUUCGCCUUUCUUCUCGGACGGCCGGAUUUUGAGCCUGGAGGAGGCUGGAUACAGCGUUUUAAAGAUCGACACGGCAUUGUUUACAAAAACGUGGUAGGAGAAGCGGCGUCGUUGGAUUCCCAGGCAAAAGAGGAGUGGCUACUGGAAAAGCUACCCGGCGUCCUGGAGCGCUACGCGGACAAGGACGUGUACAACUGCGACGAGACCGCUCUUUUUUUUCAAAUGAUGCCGUCAAAAACGCACGCACUAAAAGGUGACCCAUGCCCCGGCGGAAAGCAUUCCAAACUGAGGGUAACAGUGUUGCUGUGCGCCAACAUGGACGGGAGCCACCGCCUCAAGCCCUUCGUGAUCGGGCGAUCAAAGAAACCGACAUGCUUCAAAAAUCAGCAUAUCCCGGUCCGCUAUCGCAGCAACAAAAAAGCGUGGAUGACCCGUCAACUAUUUGAGGAAUGGCUGCUCGAAGUGGACGGGAUAAUGGAAGGUCAAGGCAGAAAAGUGGUGUUGCUACUUGACAAUUGCAGCGCACACGCCGUCAGCCCCAAGCUAACAUCUAUUGAACUGAUGUUUCUGCCUCCAAAUACGACGGCAGGUCUGCAGCCGUUGGAUGCCGGUAUCAUCGCUAACUUUAAAGCCUUGUAUCGGCGGCGCGUGCUGGAGUGGCUGAUACUGGUCAUUGACCGCCCAGCUCCUGGCACGUCGGCCGACGCUGAGUUGAAGAUCAGCCUUCUGAAGGCCGUGCGCUUCGUGUAUGGGGCUUGGUACGAGGUCAAACAGUCCACGAUCAGCAACUGUUUUAAGAAGGCGGGCUUUGUGCGCCAGGACGAAGCUUCCCCGCCUGCUGAUAGCGCGACCGACACAGCUGAAGCCGCCGACCUGGCUGAGCUCUGGGCGCACGUCGCUGGUUGUGACACAGAUGGCGUGUCGAUGGACGAGUUUCUGACGGCAGAUUGCGCUGCAUCGUCCUGCGAAGAAAUCACUGACGAGGCGAUCGCCGGGGAUGUGUUGUCGCGGCAGGCGACAGCGUUGAGCGACGACAGCAGCGACAGUGACAACGAGGCUGGCAGUAGCACUUUGGCCCCGACCUCCAUGUCCACGUUAAGUGCACUGUCGACGAUCGACCAGUUGAUUGACUUCAUGCACUCCAAAGGACUGCCGGAAGUGUUCGCGCAGCAGCUGGAAGGCAUGCACGCCGCAGUCGUGAAGCUGCGACUGCCGCGAAAGCAGGCGAAAAUAUCGGACUAUUUAGGUGCGCCUAAAGCUUGACUCUCUCGUUGGAGCUUAAAAUAAAGCUUUGUUUUUGCGUUUUUGACAUCCUGCUUUCAAGAACAUCUAUUCUUUAGUGCAAGUGGUGAAUUCGGGAUCGGAGCUACGAAGGUACGUUCGUCGUUGUUUUUUUUUUUUUAAUAGCGGCAGUCCAGAUAUAGCGAUCACCGGUUAUAACGAUCAUAUUUUUCGUAUUUCUCGAUAUCGUUAUAAGUGGACUGCACUGUGUGAC